UUCACCCGUCACCUCUACUGCAACACCAAAGCUCAGUCUAUUAUUCAAGACCUUGUGGAGGUACGGGCCUAUCUGUACUGCUGUGUAGCCAACUGUGCCAUAACAUCAUGAAAGCAUGGGUCACGUCAAGAAUCGCCAACGAUCUGGUUAAAGAGUCACUCGGCAAAUUCCCUGCUCCACCUCCUUUAUAAUCUUCUUUUGGAGAUUCCUCAAACAUCUCCCAGAGUGUAGGAAGCCUUAACGUGUCUUUGCCAUGAAUUUCCUAUCUUCAGUCCAUCGCUUGUACAUGACGGAACCUUGUAAGUUAUAUGUUCUUUGACUACGCUUGUAAUUCUUCAGACAAUGAUGGGCAUGGUGCCAGUCCGGAGGGAAAAAAAAAUUAUGAGUGACCAGGGCAAAUUUAAGUGAUGGUAGAGGAGCCACGUUACUACUUAAAGAUGGAUAGACAGCCAGCUCGAUGCCAAAGUCAGUAGGUAAAAAAACUGGUUAAGCAGCAUUCAGUGAUUAGUCAGUACCAGGAAUCGCUGCAUGGGAUGACUAGGAAAAUGCCUUUCGCACAACAUUGAAAACUCCCUGUUUACUUUUAGUUGUCUUCUGCUUUCAGAUUUUCCUGACGGAGAAGUAGUUCGGGAGGAGGACAGACCUUUGACUCUCCAGGGCCACAACCAGGAACCUUUCAUCCUGGCUUCUGAGGCUCUUAGCUCUUUUCUCUCUUGUUCCAGCAGAGUUGAUGGUGCUUCACUGGCCUUGGCUGUCCAACAGGGAUGAGGUACUCUCCACUCCAGACCUCUCCUCUAGAAGGGGAAACAAUUGAAAGCCAUGUCGGGUGAAGACAAUGGUAAGGACAACCUUACAAAUGAGUGUCCUGUAUGUUACGAGCGUCUACAGAAUCCGAACAUCUCUGAGCGGAGGUUGAGCUGUGGUCAUUCCUUCUGUCAUGAUUGCCUGGUAAAGUAUCUCAUGACGGCCAAGAAAGAGGGUUCCAUAAAGAAGAAUAUCAUAUGUCCACUGUGCCGCUAUGUGACAUUCCUCAGCAAGAGGGGACUUAUUUUGCCGCCAAAUGCUGGAGAACUCAAUCAGAUUCUAGAGGUUCCUCACAGUCCUUCCUUUCUAAGCCAUUCCACUGUAGUAGGGAACUCCAACACCUUGGUCAUACCCAUUCCUGAGACAAGCGGGUCACAUAGUCCACAAGACCUUUGCAGGUGCACAUGUUCUGUUGAUACUAGCCCAAAUCUAAUAGGUCAUUCAUGUAGCUCUCAAGUCUUCAUCAUCAGUGAUCAAGGACAACCAAUGGAAAGCAGCGAUGAAGUGGUCACCAGUAACGAAACGCACCAUAUAGAUGCCAGGGCGAACUGUUGCCGCUCUCCAUCUUUAAUAAUGAUAUUGUUAUUGAUAUUUCUUGUGGCUGUCUUGGCGGCAGUUCUUCCAUGGAUAUUGUUGGUCAAAAAAACAUGAAGAGAAGUUUGCCUCCCUUCAAAGGUUUUGGGCCAGGAGAAAACAUCUAAUUUGAGAUGACCAUCACAGCAAAAAGUCUUGUCCUGCCUCAUCCAGAGAUUGCAGGAGAUGCAUGUCAGAGUAUGUUGAAUAAACCUAGACUGGAAUUUGCCAUAUGCAAAGAUGGUGGGUGGAUACAAUACAAGUCUGUGUUGGACUAUAAGAUGGUUCACUAAACAAUGGCACCUUCUGGGGUCAGUUUUUAGUUAAAAGAAGAUCCUUCUAAGCCUUGAAACAGGUCAACCAUGGCAGGUCUGUUCUAUUAGAUAGAUUACCACUGACCUAUUUUUGUUUGCUUGAGACUGCACGAUUUGCACCAAUAACGAAGGCCUUUCAAAUGUGGAUCAUUUAAACAUGUAUGUAAAAAUAUGGAGAGAGGCUCGCAUAUCUAUACAAGUAGAAUUAAAAAAAUUAUAAAUAUUUUCUUCAUAAUGGUAGGUUUGCGUAAAAGACUCUGGGACUCUCGAAACUAUGCUGUGAAAAUGAACCAAUCUAUUCUGAUUUCUUUCAUAAACACUACCACACCUGUUCAUAGGUUGUGUGUGCAACUCAGCCCUAUUCAAUAAAAUGGAACCCAAGCACAGGUGUGGCCCUUUAAGAUGCAUAAGACCUUAAGGUCAACAGAGAAUCCUGCUUCUUAAGAGUUGUGUAUUGACACCUCAACCCCUUCCAUGGAUGGCUAAGAGCGGCCAGUAUACAUGCAUAUUAAUAUAUGUGGCAUUCUAUUUGUCCCCUUCCUAUUUCUCCAUUCUGUACUCCUGGGUGCAUCAUGCAGUAGGAAACUGGCUCUUAGUCCUGAAUAUAGUCCAAACGUAAAUACCACAUUGUGUACAAAUGUGGCGAGCUCGUCUGGACUUGAUUUACAAGAUGGGUAUAACUCAGAAAGGGUGGUGCCACCUUUUCUGUGGCCAAAGUGAUGUGAUUUUAUACUGUCAAGAAGGGAAUCCAGAAAUUAUGGGGUAAUUAC